AUGGGAGAGACGAACACAGCAGUAGAGAUGUCAACAUUACCACUAGGAAAGAUGGAGAUCGAAAAGGAAGUUGAUGGAGCUGCUUCGUACCUUGCUCACAGCACAAGUUAUCCUCCCAUGACAUUGGAAGUGGAAAGAAAAUUGUUGCGCAAGAUCGACUGCAUUCUAGUUCCCAUGCUUCUGCUCACCGCCACUCUCGGGGCAGUGGACAAGGUUGCUCUCAGUACUGCGGCAAUCUAUGGACUGGAGAAAGAUCUUCAUCUCGUUGGUCAACAGUACUCCUGGGCGGGAUCAAUUUUAUCUAUCGGUGCCAUCAUUGGGAUGUGCCCUUCUUCCUUCCUCGUACAGCGACUCCCAUCCGCAAAAUAUCUUUCUUCGUGCUCCCUCGGCUGGUCCUGCUUAGCUCUGCUGAUACCCGCAUCGAAAAACUGGAACGGGCUGAUGGCGCUGAGGUUUUUUAUGGGCUACCUUGAAGCAAUCAUCGUCCCAACGAUUAGUCUCAUCGUCGCCGGCUUCUAUAAAAAGGCGGAACAACCUCCACGAAAUGCAAUUGUGUUCGCUGCUUUCAGCUCCGUGAUCAAUGGGUUCCUGUCUUGGGCAGUCGGGCAUAUCCCCGACUCUGCACCUCUGGCUAUCUGGCAAUAUCUUUACCUGAUUGUCGGCUCUCUUUCCGCAGUGUGGUCCAUAACAGCGUUCGUGCUUCUACCAGAAUCGCCGAUGAACGCCUUCUUUUUCACCGACCAGGAAAGUUUCUAUGCAACCCAACGUCUGGCGGAAAACCAAACCGGCAUCAUAAACAAAGAAUGGAAACGGGAACAGGCUCUUGAAGCUGUGUUGGAUGCCAAAACUUGGAUUCUGUUUUCCUUCAACAUAGCUAUCAACAUUCCUAAUGGAGGUCUGACUACGUUUAGUGGCAUCCUGAUCAACAAUCUUGGCUUCACUGCGGUUAAGGCCUCCCUCCUGAAUAUGCCGACCGGGGUAAUGUCCACUUUAUCUGCGUUUUCAUUCUCCUGGCUAGCCGCACGCUGGACAAAUCGAAGGUGCCUCGUUACGAUGAUGGCAUGCUGUUUGCCCAUUGCCGGAUCGGCCUUGGUGUACUCCCUCCCACGAACAAACGUUGCAGGGCAAAUAGUCGGAAUCUACCUCGUAGGAAUCUCCAUGGCGCAAGCUAAUACUGCUGGACACACGAAAAAGACUGUGCAGUACUCCAUUUUAUAUAUAGGAUACGCCCUUGGAAAUCUCAUCGGACCCCAAACCUUCCGUGCUAGUCAAGCGCCCGCCUACACAGGCGGAUUUAUCGCCAUGUUAAUAUGCUACUGCAUAUGCGUCGCACUGACGGGACUUUACUGGGUGUUGGUCUUGAAAUACAACCGGCGACUUGCCAACAUUGACCCAGACUCACAAGUUACAAAUGAAGAUUUGACAGAAGCUUUUGCCGAUAGAACGGACUUCCAACAGACGAAUUUUAGAUAUACUACAUGA